AUGGACGACCACCCCGAAACUUCCCGAAACCGCUCUAAGAGGAAGAGGUCUAAGAACGAGACCGAGGAGAGAACGAGCGAUGCAAGUGAGGAGGUGGAGGAGCGCGAGGAUGAUUUCGAAGAGGCGCGCCCUAAAUCCAAGCGUAAUCGGGCUGCUAAGCAUGCCACUUCCGCCGCAGUGCUCAAUCCCGAUCAAAGCUUGAUAGAUGUUAUCAAAGGGAAUGGGACGCAAAUUCCUCAGGUGGUGAAGCUUUGGGUGGAGCGAUAUGAAAAGGACCCAAAACUUGCAAUGGUGGAACUCUUGACCAUGCUGUUUGAGGCAUGUGGAGCCAAAUAUCGCAUCAAGGAAGAGUUGCUGGAUGAGACUGAUGUUGACGAUGUUGUAGUUGCUCUUGUCAAUCUUGCUAGAAGUGGUGAGGUUGAAGAUCAUCAGGGUUCAAAGCGGAAGGACUUCAAAAACUUCAAAGAUAACAUCAUCUCGUUCUGGGAUAGUUUGGUCACUGAAUGCCAAAAUGGACCACUUUUUGAUAAGACGUUGUUUGACAAAUGCAUGGACUAUAUAAUAGCACUGUCAUGCACUCCGCCAAGAGUUUACCGUCAAGUUGCAUCCUUGACGGGUCUUCAACUUGUCACAUCAUUCAUAACAGUAGCUAAAGCACUUGGCGUACAACGAGAAACUACUCAGAGACAGUUAAAUGCUGAAAAGAAGAAACGAACAGAAGGACCUCGUCUGGAGUCCCUAAAUAAAAGGUUAUCAGCAACUCAUGAUAAGAUACUUGUACUAGAGGACAUGAUGCGCAAAAUAUUUACUGGGUUAUUUGUGCAUCGAUACCGGGAUAUUGAUCCUAAUAUUCGAACAUCAUGCAUUGAGUAUCUUGGUGUAUGGAUUUUGUCAUAUCCAUCACUUUUCUUGCAAGAUUUAUACUUAAAGUAUCUUGGAUGGACACUGAAUGAUAAAAAUGCAGGGGUCAGAAAAGCAUCUGUUCUUGCAUUGCAAAAACUUUAUGAUGUGGAUGACAAUGUGCCGACUCUUGGUUUAUUUUCUGAAAGAUUUUCCAACCGGAUGAUCGAGCUUGCUGAUGACAUUGAUGUCUCUGUAGCCGUUUAUGCUAUAGGACUUGUAAAACAAUUACUUAGGCAUCAGCUUCUACCUGAUGAUGAUUUGGGUCCGUUAUAUGAUUUACUUAUUGAUGAUCCAGCAGAAGUCAGGCGCGCUAUAGGAGAAUUGGUGUAUGAUCACUUAAUUGCACAAAAAUUUAAUAGCUCCCAAUCUAGCUCAAGAGGCAGUGAUGAUGGAUCUUCUGAGGUUCAUCUUAGCAGAAUGUUGCAAAUUUUAAGGGAGUUUUCAGCAGAUCCAAUUCUCUGUAUGUAUGUUAUUGAUGAUGUUUGGGAGUACAUGAAAGCCAUGAAGGAUUGGAAGUGUAUUAUUUCCAUGCUCCUGGAUGAGAAUCCAUUAGUUGAGCUUACUGAUGAUGAUGCAACAAAUUUGGUUAGACUUCUUUCUGCAUCUGUCAGAAAGGCUGUAGGAGAGAGGAUUGUUCCAGCUUCGGAUACUCGAAAGCAAUAUUACAAUAAAGCUCAGAAAGAAAUAUUUGAAAACAAUAGGCGGGACAUAACAAUCGCCAUGAUGAAGAACUACCCGCUACUUCUCCGCAAAUUCAUGGCUGACAAAGCAAAAGUUCCAUCAUUGGUUGAGAUCAUUUUGCAUAUGAACCUAGGGCUUUAUUCCCUAAAGAGACAGGAGAAUAAUUUCAAAAAUGUCCUUCAGCUCAUGAAACAGGCCUUUUUUAAACAUGGUGACAAGGAAGCACUGAGAUCUUGUGUGAGGGCUAUUAAGUCCUGUUCCACCGAGAGUCAAGGAGAGCUGAAAGAUUAUGCUCUAAAUAAAUUGAAGAAUCUUGAAGAUGAACUUAUUGAUAAGCUUAAAUCUGCAAUGAAAGAAGCAGUGGAUGGUGAUGAAUAUUCUCUGCUUGUGAAUUUGAAAAGGUUAUAUGAGCUUCAGUUGUCAUGGUCUGUACCUAUUGAGAGCUUAUAUGAAGAUAUUGUUAAGGUUCUCCACAGUUUCAGAAAUGUGGACGAUGAGGUUGCCAGUUUUCUUCUUCUCAAUAUGUAUUUGCAUGUAGCAUGGAAACUGCACUCUAUUGUAAAUAGUGAAACUGUCUCUGAAGCAUCGUUAACCUCUCUACUGUCAAAACGCAAUGCCUUGUUUGAGGAACUUGAGUACUUUCUUGGAACCCCUUCUGAAGAUAAGGAAGGGAGUAAAUGUGGAAAUCAACUAGCUUGUAGAGUUUGUAUUAUAUUUGCAGAAGCAUGGUGUUUGUUCAGAAAGACUAAUUUUUCUUCAACAAAGCUGGAACAUUUAGGAUAUUGUCCAGAUGCAUCUGUUCUACAAAGGUUCUGGAAACUUUGUGAACAACAGUUAAAUAUUUCAGAUGAGACAGAAGAUGAAGACACAAACAAAGAGUACAUUGAGGAGACAAACCGAGAUGCAGUUAUGAUAGCUUCAGCAAAGUUGGUGGUUAGCAAUGCAGUUCCCAAGGAGUAUCUUACCCCAGAGAUCAUUUCUCACUUUGUGAUGCAUGGAACGAGUGUUGCAGAGAUAGUGAAGCAUCUAAUCACUGUCAUAAAGAAGAAUGAUGAUUUUCCACACAUUUUCCUAGAAGCACUGAAAAGGGCUUAUGAUCGGCAUCUAGUGGAUCUUUCCAGAAGUGAUGACGAAUCUGUCACUAGCAAAUCUUUUCUAGAGUGCAAGGAUCUUGCUGCUCGACUUUCUGGGACAUUCGUGGGUGCUGCUCGGAACAAGCAUAGAUCUGAUAUUUUAAAAAUAGUCAGGGAUGGUAUUGAAUAUGCUUUCGUAGAAGCUCCAAAACAGCUUUCUUUUCUGGAAGGUGCUGUGCUUCAUUUUGUGUCCAAGCUUCCUGUGGUUGACAUCCUGGAAAUUCUAAAGGAUGUACAAAGCCGGACAGAGAAUGUAAACACUGAUGAAGAUCCCAGUGGCUGGCGCCCUUACCACACAUUUGUUGACAGCUUACGAGAGAAGUAUGUGAAGAAUGAAGGUUUGCCAGAUGCAAAAGAGAGGAGACGCGGUGGUCGUCCAAGGAAGCGGCGUAAUAUAGAGGGAAAGAGAUUGUUUGAUGAGGACAGUUCAAGUGAGGAACAGGAUUCAAUUAGUGGAUCAGAUCAAGAAGAUGAAGAAGAGAAGCAGGAUGAGGAGGAAGAGGAAGAGCCUCUGAUACAUUCCCUUAAGUCAUCAUCCAAGUUGAGGUCAUUGAAACUUUCAAGAGAAAACAAAGGCCAGAGGACAGGAGUUUCUGCUUCUAGAACAUCAGGUUGA